AUGCCGUUCGCCUCCCACAACGCACACCAACGCAGCAGCGGCGGCGGCAUCGGCACGACCAUGGGCCGAUCUAGUCUGUUCGCCACCGGCGCGCUUUCCCUCUUCCUGGGUGGCAGAGUGUCCGGCCAGGAGUCAUGCGUCCAGGUGGCCUACCCGACGUGGGGGGCCAACUGCCCUUGCGAAGCGGGCAGCCAGUACUCCUUCACGAUGGAGGGGCAGACCACGGUUACCGCGAACACGGUCAACGUGGCCGUCAUCAUCGACGCCUCGGUCAGCGUCGGCACCGCCGACUGGGAGCUGUCGAAGGAGUUCGCCAAAAACACGGUGGCGUCCUUCGCCCAACAGAACCUCUUCACGAACGGCGGGAGCGCCUCCUUCGCCCAGUUCUCUUCCGACGCUUCGGAGGGCGGCACAUUCUACUCCCUCGAGGACUUCAACGCCUUCGUAGACGCGGACGCCAAGUACUCGGGCGGGACCGACAUCAUCGACGGCAUCGCCAAGGGCAGGGAGCUCCUCAGCGCCUCUCCCACCACUACGUCGUUCAUGAUCGUCACUACUGACGGAGUUGCGCCCGACCCUCAGGAUGAAGCCGACGCGGCCCGGGCUGAGGGCACCAUCCUGUACGCCGUCGGUGUGGGUUCGGGCCCGUCCCAGGAGAACCUCCUCGCCAUCGGAGGGGACGAGGCGAACGUCUUCGACGUCGACAACUUCGAGGAGUUGGACCUCGCCCUCGAUGACAUCGUCUCCGCUUCCGGCGGCAGCGUGCCCUGCGCCGCCACGGGCGCCACGGUGACGGUCCAGUUCAACGGCAUGGUGACUGAGGCCACCGUGGACGGCGGCGUGGCCACCUACGACGGCGGCGACGUGGUCUUCACCAUCGACGACCUCGAGGCCACCCCGACCAACUUCGAGGUCUGGCUGGACUGGUGCGGGCAGCCUGAGGGCGCCGAGGUCAUCGCGUCCGUGUCCUAUGCCGAUGACGAGGGGAACACGCCCGACUUGUCUGCCCUCGAGGGUUGGGCUGUGGUGCCCGUCUGCGUGCCUGCUGCCCCUGUACGUGACUCCCCCGAUGACGUCUUCGACGACCUCUCCUUCGACUUCUCGUACUCGUACUCGUACACCUACGACCCGUGGUACGACGACGACAGCAGGGACGCUCCGACUGUGCCCGGGCCUGCUCCCCACGACGGUGGCAGAGGAUCGCCCACUCCCGGAGACGCGCCCACUCACCGUGGAGACGCGCCGGUCUACUCGGCCCCUACUGGCGGUGGACGUUCGCCCACUCCGGGAGCCGCGCCCACUCACCCUGAGCCCGCGCCUACUCACAGUGGAGACGCGCCGGUCUACAAGGCCCCUACUGGCGGUGGACGUUCGCCCACUCCGGGAGCCGCGCCCACUCACCCUGAGCCCGCGCCUACUCACAGUGGAGACGCGCCGGUCUACUCGGCCCCUACUGGUGGUGGACGUUCGCCCACUCCGGGAGCCGCGCCCACUCACCCUGAGCCCGCGCCUACUCACCGUGGAGACGCGCCGGUCUACUCGGCCCCUACUGGCGGUGGACGCUCGCCCACUCCGGGAGCCGCGCCCACUCACCCUGAGCCCGCGCCUACUCACAGUGGAGACGCGCCGGUCUACUCGGCCCCUACUGGUGGUGGACGCUCGCCCACUCCGGGAGCCGCGCCCACUCACCCUGAGCCCGCGCCUACUCACAGUGGAGAAGCGCCGGUCUACUCGGCCCCUACUGGCGGCGGACGCUCGCCCACUCCGGGAGCCGCGCCCACUCACCCUGAGCCCGCGCCUACUCACCGUGGAGACGCGCCGGUCUACUCGGCCCCUACUGGUGGUGGACGCUCGCCCACUCCGGGAGCCGCGCCCACUCACCCUGAGCCCGCGCCUACUCACAGUGGAGACGCGCCGGUCUACUCGGCCCCUACUGGUGGUGGACGCUCGCCCACUCCGGGAGCCGCGCCCACUCACCCUGAGCCCGCGCCUACCCACAGUGGAGACGCGCCGGUCUACUCGGCACCCUCGUACACGGCACCUUCGCCUGUCCCUGGACCGCACCGUGCCCCUACUAGCGACAUGCAGAGGUGCAGCAACGGUGUUUACGGCAUCGAGUCCCCCAACGGCAAAGCGUGCUGCGCGUUGGCUUGCGGAUCUUGCGGCGGUGUUGGCUGCAGCCGGCGCCCGGGAGGGUCCUACGACUGCUGCGAGAGCGAAAUCGUGGAAGAGGGAGAGGCUUGCGCUGCAACUGGAGCGUCUCCUUGCUACAUUGACGGAGAUGAGGUACUGGACCCGGUUGUUCCCACGGAGGAGCCAGUGACGCCCGGCGGCGGUGGCGAUGGCGGUGGACGCGGCGGAGGCGGCGGAGGCGGCGACGACUACACCCCCACGGACGAGCCCACCGACGCGCCAGUGACACCCGGUGGUGGUGGUGGUGGACGUGGUGGGGGAGGCGGCGGUGGAGGCGGCGACGACGACCACACCCCCACGGACGAGCCCACUGACGCGCCAGUGACACCUGGUGGUGGUGGCGGACGUGGUGGCGGAGGAGGCGGUCGUGGCGGUGGUGGAGGCGGCGGUGGAGGCGGCGGCGGCUCCUUCUCGUACGACUACGCCCCCACGGACGAGCCCACUGACGCGCCGGUGACACCCGGUGGUGGUGGCGGAGGAGGCGGUCGUGGCGGUGGUGGAGGCGGCGGUGGCUCCUUCUCGUACGACUUCUACCCGACUGACGAGCCCACCAACGCGCCGGUGACACCUGGUGGUGGUGGUGGACGUGGUGGCGGAGGAGGCGGUCGUGGCGGCGGUGGAGGCGGCGGCGGCUCCUUCUCGUACGACUUCUACCCGACUGACGAGCCCACUGACGCGCCGGUGACACCCGGUGGUGGUGGUGGACGUGGUGGCGGAGGAGGAGGUGGUCGUGGCGGCGGUGGAGGCGGCGGUGGUGGAGGCGGCGGCGGCUCCUUCUCGUACGACUUCUACCCGACUGACGAGCCCACUGACGCGCCGGUGACACCCGGUGGUGGUGGUGGACGUGGUGGCGGAGGAGGAGGUGGUCGUGGCGGGGGUGGAGGCGGCGGUGGUGGAGGCGGCGGCGGCUCCUUCUCGUACGACUUCUACCCGACUGACGAGCCCACCGACGCGCCGGUGACACCCGGUGGUGGUAGUGGACGUGGUGGCGGAGGUGGUCGUGGCGGGGGUGGAGGCGGCGGUGGAGGCGGCGGCGGCUCCUUCUCGUACGACUACACCCCCACGGACGAGCCCACUGACGCGCCGGUGACAUCCGGUGGUGGUGGCGGAGGUGGUGGUCGUGGUGGCGGCGGUGACGGUGGCGGUGAAGACCCCACGGAUGAGCCCACUGAAGCGCCAGUGACAUCCGGCGGCGGCAGUGGUGGUGGUGGAGGAGGCCGUGGCGGUGGGGGCCGCGGCGGUGGCGGUGGCGACGAUGGUGAUGUCUACUCGUAUGACUACGGCUGGGAGGCAGACAUCAACGACCAGUUCAUGCUCAAGGGCCAGUUCAUGUGGUGCACCAACGGCGUACCCGGAGUGGAGUCUACCAUGGGCGAGGUCUGCUGUCCGGCCAGCUGCGGGCACUGCGGGGGUGUGGGCUGCGACGAGCGCGGCGCGGCCGACGAAUGCUGCACCACUGAGAUCAUGGACUAUGGGCAGCCGUGCUCAGUCACCGGAACGGCUCCUUGCUACCUCGACGGCUAAGUCUACAUACAGCUGGCGUAGAUGCAACGCGGCAGCAGCAGCAGCGGCGGCUAUUGUUGGAAGCGGAGCCUUUCAGGAGCCUGAAAGCGGACCGCAUGCAUCGACCACCGGAUCAUUCGUCACCUAGCGGCCGUGGUGUCCUUUGUAUGUUUUAUUCUAAAUAGUGCUUUGCUAUGGAUAUGCUCAACCGGGGAGCAUUCCAAUAUUCCGGUAGUGCUUUGCUACGGAUAUGCUCAACCGGGGAGCAUUCAAAUAUUCCGGCGCGGUCGUUUCGCUGUCCUGGAUCUGUAUCCCUACUCCUGUUGUAGAGUACUGUCGACCAUCCUUUACAUCUUCGGUUUUCCCCGCACCCCCUUGUUCGCAUGGUGGUUUUUCUACGGGGAAGAGGCGCAUAUCCCAACGUGAAGUUCGUGUUUUGCACAGCGGUUGUAGAGCAUGCUAGCCGGCCCCUCGCACGAAACCUGCGGGGAAAAGGCCGUGCGCAUUCAACGCUGCGCGAUCGCAACGAAGCCGCGCACCGUCGUAGUGUCGUGUUUGUUUUGUCGUGUGUCGUUUGUCGUUGUAAGUUCUAUUGUACGCAUACGUCUGUCUGUAGCAAACAAAUAACGUAUGAAGAGAACCAUCUAGCACGGUCGCGCCUUUUUGCGUAGGCUCCGUCGGACGGGCAUGAUUUUUCUAAUUUGUCACAUUUGUUGCUGCAAAUUAAAUCAGGUAUCUGUAGCCUUCGCCCUGUCUGAUCGGUUGUUCUUGAGCGCGGCCGUGGAGUAUCCAAAGAUAUCAUGGCUCGUCUUUUGCCUGAAGUAUUGAGGAGCUAUUGUUGUGGAACUGCAGUAGUGCGUUCGUAGCGAGUUUAUGUACUUGGGACAGUGAUUUUUCGUAGACUUGGUCGGGAGGGCACGGUAUUUGCCGUCUUUCAGAUGUAAUUUUGCCUAGACUUGGUCGGGCGGGCAUGGUAUUUGCCAUCUUCAAGUAUCUCGCCUUCGCGUUGUCUGAUGGAUUGCUCUUGAGCGCAGCCGUCAAGUAUCCAAAUAUGUGACGGCGCGUCUUUGCCUGCCGGAAGUGUUGAGGAGCGUUUGUUGUGCAACUGCAUUUCUUCACUAGGGGGCAAUGUUGCCUACUGGUGGUAAGGUCUGCUGUUGUGGUGUAGAAACGGUAGAAACGUUUUUAGUCUAGUCAGCGAUGUUGAAUCAACGUGGACAAACCGCGGCAACUUGGAGUUGAUACGGCUACUGCUGCAUGAAGUCUCUCGACCGCUUUGGUGGGACGUGAGCUGGUGCCCGGAAAGAUAGUGUACACUUGAGAAAGCUUGAUUUAAUAUGAACGGUGCGUGUCGCGGUGAACA